GAUAUGUCAAUUUGUUGAUACCAAGCAAGGAAAAUGUUCUAGCUUCGGUCGCAGACGAAUAGGAAUCAGUUGUGUUGCAGUUGAUUAUAUUCUUUUGCCAUAAACCUUGUGUGCUGAUCACCAUGAGUGCUGAAGCUGAAAAAGAGUCGUCAAACGAUGUUGAGAGUGUGGAGGAAGCAAAUAAUGCAGCUACAGUCAAUGAACCAGCCGCAGAUUCGGCACCGGAACAACAAACACCUCCAUCGGAGGUAGAUUCCAAAACGGAAGAAAAAAAGCCAUCCCCCACCAAAAAUGGUGGUGCCGGUCUGCUUGGUUCCGCUCCGCCAAAACCGGCAGGUUCAGUUGUUACUGAUUUGUGGGUGGAAACGAAAACUGCUGACGGUAAAUCGUAUUACUAUCAUGCGAUAAGUCGUGAAACAACUUGGACCCGCCCGGAAGGUCCCAACGUUAAUGUAAUGACACAGGCAGAAGUGGAAGCCCUCAAUAAGCAACAGCUACAACAACCAAAGGCCGCUGAACAGAAGGUUGCUGAGUCUGUGGCAAGUACCGCUUCGUCAGGUGUGCCGCCUGUUGUUGGCUCUUUACCCGGCGUAAUUCCAUUGCACACUGCUGCAAUGACGCGUUUCACAGGACCUCCACCUUCGUUCGGGAUGGCUCCGUUCGGUAUGCCGCCGCCUAAUUUUACUAGCUUUCCUCCCUGGAGUAAUCCACCAGCGCUCAAUAGUGGACAGAAUUGGCCGAUGAGUCAAACUCUCCCCUUAGAUACAGCCAAGCAAGCCAUGAACGAGGUUAAACUGAGCGAAAUUGAUCCGGCAAUCGUUGCCAAGGCUACGGUUUGGAGUGAACAUAACGCACCGGAUGGUCGUAUAUUCUAUUACAACGCUUCUAAGGGUGAAAGCGUGUGGGAAAAGCCACAAGCGUUGCGCGAUUUGGAAAAAGCAAAAAUGGCAGUAUGGAGUGCCAAGCAGAAGCCAAAAGUACCUCCUUCAAUUCCGCCGUUCUUGGCUCCGCCGAUACCACCCCAGAUGCCGAUCAUGUCUUCAAUGCAAACGGCACCAUCGCCAGGACUGAAGAUACAACAGUUCCCAUCUCCGCUUGCUUCAGCUGUUGGAUCACCUAUGGGAGCCAUGUCCAAUCCGGGUGUGCGACUUCAGCAAAUGCCGAUCACUGCCGGAGGUGUCGUGUUUGAUCCCAUUACCUUUAUGGCAAAGAACGACAAAGCCGUUGCAGAAGAGGAACGUAAGCGGAAGCUGGAGCAGGAAAAGAAACGCAAGGAGGACGAAGAAAAGGCUAAAGCGAACAAGCCGCAAGACAAAAGUCGUCCCAUUUCAAGCACUCCGAUCAGUGGCACGCCUUGGUGUGUAGUUUGGACUGGAGAUGGGCGAGUUUUCUUUUACAACCCUUCAACGCGCACCUCCGUGUGGGAAAGGCCGGAUGAGCUGAAGGAGCGAGCCGAUGUGGACAAAGCAGUACUGGUGCCUCCACAGCAGUUGCUCGGUACGGUAGCAGCAAAGGAUAAUGAGGGCGUAAGCGGCAAAGGACAACCGUUGACAGGAACAACAAACGUAACUAGCAAUAUUGCAGCCGAAAGCGAUAGCGGCAACAAUGCUAGCAGUAGUAAUACCAAUGAACCCCGAACUGGACCAACGGACUCGGAAUCCAGUGGAGAAGAGGAUGGCGAACAGCCAAGCAAAAAAUUGAAAUCAGACUUGGAAGCUGUCAUGAAAUCGAACCAUUCCGCUAGCAGCAAUCGUUCCGGAAAUGAUCCGGAAAAGGAAGCGAUAGCAAUGGAAGCAGAAGCUAGAGCAGCUCGGGAGCGGACACUUAUACCCUUGGAUGUGCGUAUGAAAUCGUUCCGUGAAAUGCUUCGUGAACUGGACGUAUCGGCUUUUAGUACGUGGGAAAAGGAGCUCCAUAAAAUCGUGUACGACGCACGUUAUCUGCUGCUAACUUCCAAAGAACGCAAGCAAGUUUUCGAAAAAUACGUCAAAGACCGUGCGGACGAAGAACGGCGCGAGAAACGUAACAAAAUGCGCCAAAAGCGUGAUGAUUUCCGUGCGCUGAUGGAGUCAGCACAUUUGCUUGGAAAAUCUUCAUUCAGCGAAUUUGCUCAGAAGUAUGGCAAAGAUGAACGGUUUAAAGUCAUCGAAAAAAUCCGUGAACGUGAAAGCUUAUUCAAUGAGUACAUUGUCGAAGUAAGGAAGCGUGAAAAAGAGGAAAAACAGCAUAAGAAGGAACAGAUCAAAAAGGACUUUCUUGCUAUGCUUCGGGAAAGAAACGAUAUUAAUCGCCACACACGGUUCAGUGACAUACGCAAGAAAAUAGAAAGCGACAGCCGUUUUAAAGCGAUCGUAGAACACUCCCAGCGUGAAGAACUGUUUGAGGAACACAUUAAAGUGUUGAAGGAAGAGAAACGAAAAGCAAAGGAGAAAGAAAAAGAAAAGGAACUAAAGGAGCGCAAUAACCAUCGUAGUGAGCAACGCAGUUCGCGACGUUCGAGGGAUCGUUCUCGUGAUCGACGAAGUCGUUCUGCUGAGCGGGAUGCUAAUCAAACGGCAAAAAAUACGACCCACGAUGACGGAAACGCUGCCAAUGAAAGCAAAGAGGAUGAGGACGAAGGCGAGGAUUGUAACACUUCCGAUGAGGAUGAAAUCGAGCGUCAGCAAAAGGAACGGGACCGAAAAGCGAGGGCAGAGGCCAGUAUUAAGGAGCGCGAAAAGGAAGUGCAGCGAACGCUGGCUACUCACCUGCGCGAUCGGGAUAAGGAACGGCAGCAUCAUCAGCGGGACGAAGCAAUGCGUCACUUUAAUGCACUGUUAGCAGAUCUAGUCCGUAAUGCAGAUCUUACCUGGAAGGAGGUUAAGAAGCUGUUAAAGAAAGAUCAUCGUUGGGAACUGAUUUCCAUGCUCGAUCGUGACGAUCGAGAGAGAUUGUUUAACGAACACAUUGCCAAUCUUGUGCGCAAGAAACGUGAUAAAUUCCGUGAGAUGUUAGACGAAAUUCCAUCACUGGAGCUGACAUCGCAAUGGAAGGAAAUAAAGAAAAUUAUACGUGAGGAUCCACGAUACCUUAAAUACAACAGCAGCGAAAGAGGUGAGCGAGAGUUUCGAGACUACAUCAAAGACAAAACGGCGAAUGCGAAACUUGCGUUCCGGGAGCUGCUACAGGAGUGCAAGUUUAUCACGCAUAAGAGCUUUGAGCUGUAUCGCGAAAAUGCGAACCAUCUACGCGAGGUGGAAGAUAUUCUGCGUAACGAUCGUCGCUAUCUGAUACUGCACCAUAUUGCGGGCGAACGGACCCAGAUGGUUUUGGCACAUCUGGAAGAGCUACAUAAGCGCGGGCCACCGCCACCGCCAACUGCUAGUGAAUCGUUACGACGUAAGUAAAU